CAGCUUUUUGUCGUGACGCUUACUGGAAAAACGACGGUCUGCCGCAUACGGCUGGAUCAGACCGUCAGCGACUUGAAGCAGAUAAUGGAGGCAAAAACUGGACUUCCAGGGGAUCAGCAGCGUAUGGUUUACAUGACAAAGCAACUGCAAGAAAACCAAACACUUGCUUAUUAUCGUAUCCAAAAUGAAUCAACACUACACCUUGUACCACGCCUCAGAGGCGGC